GCGCGGGCGCCUGCUGAGUGAAAGCCCACUGCUCUCAUUGGCUCCCAGCUGAGAUCUGGCCACUCCCCCUCUCUCCUAGAGCAGCCCAACCCAGGGUGCCAGCCCACUCAGUGGCCCUUAUGAGGUGGUGACCACUCCGACCAGCAGGGCUGGAAAAUGAUACCAGUCAACCCCGAGCCGGAGGUGGAGCCCGCAGUCGCUGCCGCGAGAUGGAGGAGCCCACGCCCGAGCCCGUCUACGUCGAUGUGGACAAAGGACUGACCUUGGCCUGCUUCGUCUUCCUCUGCCUCUUCCUCGUCGUGAUGAUCAUUCGCUGCGCCAGGGUCAUCAUGGACCCUUACAGCGCCAUCCCCACAUCCACCUGGGAGGAGCAGCACCUGGAUGACUGAGACGCGGGGACAGCAGGGCGGGGACCCCGGCACGCUCUGGGCAGG